AUGCAGCUGUUAGAAAAUGAUCGGAUUUACCAGGAAAAGAAGAUUCUCAUGGAGUGUCAGCUGGAAGAAAAGCGCCGGCAGCAGGAGAGGGAGCUACAGGAAUUUCGGCUAGCUCAAGAAAAACAGAUGCUGCAGAAGCAGCUCGACGAGGAUGUUGCCUUCAGGAGGAAACAACAAGCACUACGGGAAGAUUUCGAGCGUCAGAGUGAAGACAUGGUUGAACCAAACCGAUCCAGCUAUCAUCGAUGCUGGUGGUCAUCCAAAACCGAAGAUAACGAGAACAUUUCCCGAUUAUCUCUCUCUCCAUCGAAGCAGUUUGUUACGAAGAGCUACUCUGCCGUGCCCGAACUGAUGCAACCCAAGUUCCAUCAUCCGAAUCCCAAAUCGAGCAACACAAGUUCCAGUAACUCUGAACCCGACGCUGCACACCAAGCUUCAUCGAUGGUAGCCGAUGCCAAUUUACCUUCAGGACCAACUAAGGCACAGUUGACUGCUCGUCGAGGACUCUCGUGGAAGUUACCUAUCUUUAGCGGCAGAUCGGAAGAGUGGCCGCUAUUUAUCAGCGCGUUUAAUAACUCCACUCAAGCUUGCGGGUUUUCCAACCAAGAUAAUUUGGUUCGACUUCAGGAGUGCCUGAAAGGCCCUGCACUCGAGUCAGUUCGCAGCAGACAGAUGUUCCCCUCAGCUGUACCGAAAAUUAUCGAAAAGCUGCGAGAGUUUUAUGGUCGUCCGGAGCAGCUGAUUCACACGAUGCUCAGCAAGGUGCGCAGAGUCACUUCCCCGAAAACCGAGCGCCUAGAAACGUUCAUUCCAUUUGGAAUUGCUGUACAGGAACUGUGCGAUCAUUUGGAGGCAGCCGGACUCAACGAUCACCUAGUUAAUCCGACACUCAUCCAAGAGUUGAUCGAUAAACUGCCAGCUACGACUAAGCGAGAGUGGGUGCAGUAUAAACGUUUCCAGACAACAGUUACAUUGCGUACGUCUGCUGACUUUAUUUCGAUCAUUGUGUCGGAAGCAAACGAAGUAACGUUGUUUGUGGAUGUCAAGUUCCAAGACAAGUCACCCGAAAAGAUGAAGCCGAGGGAGAAAGGUUUCAUACACACACAUUCAAACCCCCCUCCCAAGAAAUUUGGCAUGCCUUCGGAAUCUUGUAGGGUGUGCAAAACCGAAAUCCAUCGGAUCCGAAACUGCGACUUAUUUCGCAGUAUGACUCUGGCGGAGCGAGUGAAGCUGAUGGCUCAAUGGAAGCUAUGCGAGAGGUGUCUAAACGCCCACGAAGGUUGGUGCCGUUUUAAAAUAACCUGCAACGUUGGAUCCUGUAGGCUCCAUCAUCAUCCGUUGGUUCAUCGUGACGUGAACAGAGUUCCCAACAUUCAGCAACCUCUUCCGGGCCAAUUGAAUGCUCAUUCCGGACAACCAAUGUCAGUAAUUUUUAGAAUUAUUCCAGUGACAUUAUUUUACGGUUCCAAACACAUCAGAACUUGGGCAUAUUUGGAUGAAGGGUCCUCCAUGACACUAAUUGAGGAUGAUCUCGUUCAAGAGUUGGGAGCCACUGGCACACCCCAGCCUUUGGUACUUCAGUGGACGGCGAAUAUUGUGCGAACGGAGGCUGCAUCGAAAUGUGUUUCGCUUGAAAUAGCAGGUGAUCCGAAUAUGGAAAAAUUUGAGCUCAAAAACGCACACACUGUUAAAAAACUACACCUCUCGAAGCAGCGCAUCAACUUUGAAGAUAUCGUCAACCAGCAUCGUCAUCUACAAGGUUUAGCGAUAGAAAAUCAAAACGCCGACGAGCCCAGAUUACUGAUCGGCCUGAACAACGCUUUUCUACUAGCACCAGUGGAAGCUCGUGUCGGAAAACCGAAUGCACCUAUUGGUGUGCGGUCUCAUUUAGAAUUGCACGAUCGCAUGAAAGAGUUUUUUUGUGAUGAGAAAUUGGAUGCUGUUGUUAAUAUAUUGCCGGAAUCUGAAGAUUCGCGAAGGGCGCGUGAUAUUUUAGAACGUACUACGAUCAAAGUGGAUGGUCGAUACGAAACCGGGUUAAUCUGGAAGUCGGAUGACAUAAAGCUACCAAACAACUACUCGAUGGCGGAAAACCGAUGGCGAAGUUUCGCUCGUCGCCUUCAGAAGAACCCGAUGCUCGAGCAAGCGGUGCACCAACAGAUGGCGUUGUAUGUGUCGAAAAAUUACGCUCACAAAGCGAGCCCUAAGGAACUGGCUGAAGCACCCACGGAUAGGAUUUGGUACUUGCCGUUAAAUGUCGUCUUAAAUCCUAAAAAACCCAACAAAAUCCGUCUCGUUUGGGACGCAGCAGCGGAAUUCGGUGGAACCUGUUUGAACUCAGCAUUAUUACCAGGUCCAGACCUUCUUACCUCACUACCUGCGGUCAUCCAGCGAUUUCGAGAGCGGGCGGUAGGAUUUGGUGCGGACAUUACCGAAAUGUACCAUCAAAUUCGAAUGCGAUCUGACGACAAGCAUUCGCAACGAUUCUUGUACGGAAAAACAACAACACUCAAACCUGAUAUCUACAUCAUGGAUGUGUGUACAUUCGGCUCGGCUUGCUCCCCUGCGUCUGCGCAACAUGUUAAGAACUACAACGCCACACAGUUUGCCCACGUAUUCCCAGAAGCAACGAGAGCCAUUUCUCAACGUCAUUACGUCGAUGAUUAUUUCGACUGCACCAACACCGAGCAAGAGGCUAUCCUACAAGCAAAGCAGGUGAGAUACAUCCACGAACAAGCAGGUUUCUCUCUGCACGGGUGGAUUUCGAAUUCGACGACGGUAUUACGAGCUCUCGGAGUAGAUUCGUGCUCGGGCGAAGUUUCGUUAGGCGACAACCAUUGCAAGUCCGAGCGAAUGUUGGGAAUAAAAUGGAAAACACAAACAGACGUCUUCACUUUUUCUACCGUUGUACGCGAUGAUUUGUUUCCAUUCAUUUUCUCGGGUCGACGUCCUACCAAACGCAUAGCUCUGAGUGGAAUUAUGAGCUUAUUCGAUCCGCUUGGGCUGUUGGCGCCGUUCACCGUACACGGCAAACUUUUGAUGCAGGACUUAUGGCGCGCAGGGUGUGAGUGGGAUCAAGAAAUCAACGACGAAUGUUUUUCUAAAUGGUGCCGCUGGACCGCACUGCUGCCCCAAAUCGACGCAGUGGAAAUUCCCCGCUGCUACCUAAAGGAGAACUCUGCAACGAUAUACAGUCACUUGGAGCUGCAUACUUUCGUCGAUGCUUCCGAGCAGGCAUACGGAGCCGUUUGCUAUUUUCGAAUGCCUGUUGACAGCGGAUGGAAUUGUGCUCUUGUGAUGGCUAAAACUAAAGUGGCUCCGCUGAAGCAGCAGUCGAUCCCUCGGAUGGAGCUCGAGGCAGCUGUUUUGGGAUCUCAUCUUGCCAAUACUGUUGAAUCCAACCACGACCUUAAAAUAACGAAGAGAGUGUUCUGGACUGACUCUCGCACCGUGCUCUCGUGGAUUCGCUCGGACCAACGACGAUACAAACCGUUCGUCGCUUUCCGGAUUGGUUCGAUUCUACACGAGACGAAAGUGGACGAAUGGAAGUGGGUACCUUCGAAGUCAAAUAUUGCUGACAUCCUCACAAAGUGGACGAAUGGGCAUUCAAUUUCAUCCGAUGAUUCCUGGUUCCGAGGACCGAGCCUAUUAUUUCAACACGAAACCGAGUGGCCAGCGCAGGCUUUGCCGGAUGCCAACGUAAAAGAAGAACUUCGGGUAUGUCACCUUUACCAUGCAGCCGUGAUAGAUGAUCCGAUUAUUGAUGUAACCCGAAUAUCCAAGUGGAACGUACUAUUGAAAACACUGUGCUGUGUCUAUCGUUUCAUCUCAAAUGUUCGCCGAAGUCGUCAAGGAAAGUCCAUCGAAACUGUCAUCGCAACACCGAAACUGAAAACCAUCGUACUAAAAUCAAUGAAUUCUGAGGAAAUUCCGCUCAAACAGGAGGAGUUCAGCUUUGCCGAAAUCGUUCUCUGGAAAAUCGCUCAGCGGCUACAAUUUGGCGACGAAAUUACGAUUCUUGUGAGAAACCAGACACUUCCGAAAGAAAAUUGGUCCAAAUUGGAAAAAUCCAGCACUUUGUAUAAGUUGGAUCCAUUUAUCGACGAGCACGGCGUGUUGCGAGUAAAUGGUAGAACUUUGACUGCAGAUUUUCUUCCAUACGACUCGAAAUUUCCGAUCAUCCUCCCGAAAGGGCAUGAUGUCACUAAUCACAUCCUUGCGUUCUACCAUCAAAGUUACGGGCAUGCAAAUAGGGAAACUGUCGUCAAUGAGGUUCGCCAAAGAUUCUUCAUUCCAAACCUACGAGCAAACAUAGCGUGGGUGAUGAAACAAUGUCAGUGGUGCAGAGUGAUGAAGUCUAAGCCACAGCCCGCUCGAAUGGCCCCGCUUCCCAUCGAACGUCUCACUCCUGUUAUGAGACCCUUCAGCUACGUCGGAGUUGACUACUUCGGACCCGUGAAUGUGACCGUUGGCAGGCGAGUCGAAAAACGCUGGAUCGUGCUUUUUUGUUGUUUGAGUAUUCGUGCAAUCCACCUCGAAGUCGCGUACAAACUGGAUACGGAUUCGUGCAUCAUGGCUAUCAGGAGAUUUGUUCUACGACGUGGCCCUCCGAUAGCUUUUUUCUCCGACAACGGAACAAAUUUCAAGGCAGCAAGUAAGGAGUUGGAAUUCCAAAUUAAAUGCAUCGACACUGCUUGCGCUAAUGUUUUUACCAAUGCGCGAACUCGAUGGAGCUUCAACCCGCCCUCGGCUCCCCACAUGGGGGGAGUAUGGGAGCGAUUGGUGCGUUCUGCUAAGGAGACUAUGAAAGCGUUAACAACUGAAACCAGAAUGAACGACGAAGUUCUGCUCACUGUGAUUGCCGAAUCUGAGGAGAUUAUAAAUGCCCGUCCGCUGGUCUACGUGCCUCAAGAUUCUGCCAAUGCCGAAGCUAUCACGCCGAACCAUUUCACCCGAGGUAGUUCUUCAGGUUUAAAGGAUCCUUCAAUCGCUCCGACUAACCAAGCUGCAGCCUUACGGAGUUUAUACAAGCGAUCUCAGUUCAUAGCGGACGAGCUCUGGAAACGAUGGCUCAAGGAAUACAUUCCUUCUUUGAAUGUUCGAACGAAGUGGUUGGAGGAAGCAAAGCCGUUGCGAAAGGGAGAUUUGGUAUUCAUCACCGACGACUUGAAGCGGAAUGGAUGGAUUCGUGGGCAGAUAGAGGAUGUCAUCCUUGGCAGAGACGGACAGGUGCGACAAGCGUGGGUACGCACAUCAACAGGCGUCUACAAGCGUCCAGUGGUAAAAUUAGCUGUAAUUGAGGUAGGAAGUUUUGAAAAUUCAUUGAUCUUCCACAAGGUGAAAAUAGUUCCAACAGCACGCAUCGUCAUCUCCCUGCCAUGUUCGGCUGGAGCACAUUUGCUGUGCAAACGACUAAAGUGUUUCCGAGAAAAGGUAGACGUAGAGAUCAAUUUCGUGCUUGUCGAGAUUUAUCCUCCUAAGAACUUGCUGCGGGGCGAGGAUUGCGUUUAA